GUGAUUUUCUGAGAUAGCUAUAGAUUAUUAUUAUUAUUACUAUUAUUAUUUGAAGCCUGUACCCUCCUGUUGUAUUAGCUGUAUAUUAUUUUUUUGAAUUAGUUUAGUAAAAUAUGCUGUUUUAUGCACUGGUUUUGGUUUUACCUAUCACAAGUUGUUUACAAUGUGACAAACUAUUGAUGGGACAGUUUUUUUGUAAUUUACCAGAAAUAGACAUUGAAACACAAGCAGAAAAAGGAUGUGCAAAAAAUAAAACUGUAAAAGUUGAAUGUCGACUUGCAGAAGGUAUAUUCUGUGAUGAAGCAAUAAACACUGGCAACUAUUCCAAAUUCUUCAAAGACGCACCUUGCAGAUAUGUAGAUGGGAAGUCAUUUAAUACUGCUUUAUUAUUGUCAAUUUUUCUUGGGGUGUUUGGUAUUGACCGCUUUUAUCUGGGAUAUCCAGCUAUUGGAAUAUUUAAAUUUUGUACUCUUGGAUUUUUUAUGAUUUUUCAAUUUAUUGAUGUUGUCUUGAUAGCAACACAAGUUUUAAAACCAGCAGAUGGUUCCGACUAUGUAAUGGAUUAUUUUGGACACAGAUUAACAAGAAUUGUUUUAAACAAUGACACAUAUUGUCUGCCCCCUUGAAAUCCAAUGCAAUCAUUGAUGGAAUGCCAUGCAUGGAUACCGCAAAGAUGCCUUUUGGGUCAAACAAGACAAAAAACUUGGGUUUGUUGUGAUAUAAUGAAAGUAUAAUCACUAGAGUAAACUAUUGAAAUGGAAAUGGACUUUAAUAUACUUUUUUAACACAAGAAUAUUAUUUUUUCAUUUGCCAUCAAAUAAAUUUGAUUUAUGUAAUACUACAUACAAAAGUAUUGAGGUGAUUUGUCCAUGAUUAAAGGCAAUUGACUAAAUGUUCUAUA